AUGGCAAGCACCACCAUCGUCCAAGCCGAAAAAGGUGGCGCUGCCGCUGCCGUACCGCCUGCAACAACGCAAGAGGCCACCACUCGUUCCAGCUCCAUCACCAAAGAGGACCUCGCCAUCUCCCAACACGAAGAUGCCUCUCUCGAGCACGCCAGUCCAGAAGACCCAGCCUUUCGCAAGGCCGAGCUCAAAGUCGUCACCAAACUCGACCUCUACGUCUGCCCCAUCCUCAUCUUCAACACCGCUGUAUCAAUAUUCUACCCACUCUACAUCCUAGCAGAGUUCCCUGCCGCACUCAUCGUGAAACGCCUGGGCUUUAACCGCGUCAUCCCCACAGCAGCGCUCUGCUGGGGGAUCGUCUGCCUCGGGAACGGCUUCGUCCAGAAUUUCAGCGGUCUCGCAGCGUGCAGAGUCCUCCUCGGCGGGUUCGAGGGCUUUCUCUUUCCGAGCCUUACUCUCAUGCUUGCCAACUACUACAAACGUGAUGAGAUCGGGCUGAGGAUUAGCUACUUGUUCAUUGCUGCUGCUAUGGCGAGUGCUUUCGGUGGCCUCAUCGCCUCCGGGAUCCUAUACAUGGAUGGUGUGGCUGGCUAUCCUGGGUGGCGCUGGCUGUACAUUAUCGAAGGCGCUGCCACCAUCGCCAUCGCUCUAGCCUGCUACUUCGCCAUACCAUCCUCGUACACCACAGCCUGGUUCCUGACUGAUGCCGACAAGGCCAUCAUGCGCCGUCGCACGGAGAUCACCGAGGCGUACUCGGGUGGCGACGGAGUAUACACGAAAGCCGAUCUGGCGAUGGCUAUUCGAGAUCCCAAGACGUAUCUGCAUGGGGUAGUGCAGAUCAUGUGCUUGACUGUGCUGUAUGGCUUCUCAGUCUUCCUGCCGAUCAUCCUACGUUUUGGUUUCGGAAUGACGGUCAAGGAGAGUCAGUAUCUAAGCAUACCAGUGUUCUUCUGGGGAAGUGCAGUGUAUGGAGUCGUGGCCUGGGGAAGCGAUCGCAUGGGUAGGCGCUUCCUGGCAUGCGUCGCCAUGGUGCCUCUCGGCGUAGUAGGCUAUGCGAUCCUGCUAGGUGGCGGAGACGGCAGAAUAGCCGUCGGUGUGAAGUACUUUGCGUGCUUCUUGAUUGCGAGUUGCGCAUGGGCGUUAGGAGGAGGGAAUUUAAGUUGGCUGAGCACGAACACAGCGCCAGACGGCAAACGCGCAGCCUCCAUUGGCCUUGCCCUCUCCAUGGGCAACAUUGGCGGUAUCGUCUCGGGCCAGAUCUAUCCGCAGACGAUGGCGCCAAACUACUACCUGGGGCAUGCGUGGUCGCUGGGCGCGGUGUGCAUCAGUCUCGUCCUCUGGCAGGUUCUGAGACAGCUGUACUAUAGGCGCGAGGCGGGGAAGGAGGUGCUCAGGCAGGAUGGCAGUGCGGAGGCGACGGUGGACAGAAGUGAUUGUGGUGUUGGGUAUGUGUACCAGCACUAA